CAGUGGCACACACGUACAUCAUACUGGUGGGCCGCGGAGCGCGCGCAAACGUCGAAACGUCGAAGCGAGCGCCGGGCGCGCGGAUAGUAGUCGUUUCCAGCCCCGUGUAUCCCUAUACACGCAAGAGAGUAUACGAGUAUACCGUGGGCGAGCAGUACGCCACGAAAAGGCGAGCCUCACAGGAGGAGCUUCACCACGCAGUACCGCGCACACAAUAACACUCGUUUAUGCAUACACAAGCGCGUGUAAUGUAAAUAAGCGCGUAAAGCUCGCAAGCUCUUGUGUUUUUGCGGUGUACCGUGUAAUCCAAGGGCGGUUGUUUUUGGCUGCGCCAAAAGUUUAGUGCGAGGAUGUGGCGCGGGUGACGAAAGACUAGGUGACAGCCGCGGAGUAACCCCAACCGCAGGGAGGUGUCCCCGAUGUUGAGGGGACUCGGUGCGCAUCGACACCCGAGAGUCCUUUCGGACCCGCCGCUACGCCACUUGGAGGCUCCACCAGUCCAGUAGCCGCUGCGACAUGACGCUACAGGACCCCUACUACCUCGCCAGGGACGAGGUAUGCCGAGCGUUGAACAAAACGCGGGGUCUGUACGGUCGACUGCAGGACCUGCAGGAUCUGCGGACGGCGGGGGCCGGCACGUCGUCCUCGUCUAUGCAUCACAACAGCCUCGAUGGACUGCCACCCCUCGACCCUACGGAAGAACUCGAGUGGACCGCCAACGAGCUACGCAACGCUCUCAGGGCCAUCGAGUGGGACAUCGACGAGCUCGAGGACACCAUCCGUAUCGUGGAAAAAAAUCCCAAUAAAUUUAGAUCGGACAACAGAGACAUGACGGUGCGACGGCAAUUCAUACGGGAUACGCUCGACGAAAUAAAGAACAUGAAGGACAAAAUUAACAUGAACAAAGAAAAAGAGUACAACAGAACAUCCAGGCAGCCUGCAGUUCAGGACAGCCCGAACAAACCAUCGCCACCGCCCAUAGCGACUCACGGCGCAGCCAAGUACACGAAGCUGGAAAGCGACAUCGACAGUCCCAACCGGCUGUACAUCAAAGGCAUAAGCAAUCCAAAUUCAAUACUGAAUCAGCACCACGAUGAUGAUUUCAAAAUCAUGAGUAACAACACGGGCAGUCUCAAGCCGGUCACCCAGCAGUUUCAAUUCGAGCUCGACGAGCGGCAGUUCAUGCUGGACGAUUUCGGCAACGAGAUGGAGAUAAUAACCGACACCAAGCUGGACACGACGAUGAAGAAAAUGGCCAAGGUGUUUCACUUGAGCAACGGUAACUAUAACAAUUAUACCCCAGCACCCAAUGUCGAGUACGUCCCGAGGUCUUCCUCCCUGUGCUCCCUGUCGAGUACACUCAAGUAUUGUUUCCUCUGCUCGAAAGAUAAUGAGAAUUGAACACGAAGCUUAAAAAAAAAAUGAGGGCCUUACGCAUUGCUGGUUUAAUGAUGAUGAUUUUUUCCAUGAUCGAUCAUACGAUUCACAGUACAAAAAAUCCUCCAUGUACGUUUACGAUUUUUGAGUACUGAUGAUAUAUAAAACCGAAGCAUUAAAAUUAACGAUGCUUUUACUAUACAAAACAAUAAUCUAACGAGUAUUUUGGGAUUAUUCUUAUUUGCAAUCAAUGUUUUUUCGAGUCAAUAUUUGGAGUUGGUAUAUAAAAAGGGUGAUCGAUAUGAAGGGUACACA